CAUUCAUCAAAUCACCCAUGGGAGCUCAUCGCACUUCCAGCGAGUCCACGUAAGUCUUGCAGCUGUCUUGCCGGCUGUCAUUCACUCAACACACACACACACACACACAUUCGCAGAAACACAUCAGGGCAGGAUGACGACAAACACACAGGCAGCCACAGUCACUCAGUCAUUACAGUCAGUCCAGCCACCGCGCACACACUCACUUCAACAAACAAACACACCAAUACACACACACAGGGGCACCAGCAGUGUGCCGGCAGAUCAGCUACACUCAGAUGUGGAGGCAGGGAAGCAGACAGACAGACAGACAGACAGACAGGGAGGGGCGCAGAGGACGGCACAAAUGGAUGGCGCCCAUUUAUGUCAGUGCAGCACGGAGGGAAAGGCACAUCUCCCUCCCUCCCUCCCUCCCUCCCUGGCUACUGCACCGUACGAACCACUUCUAUCUCGUCAGCCAUGAACUCAUACGACCCGCCCAACACAACAUCGCCAUCUUCAUCCCUCACUCCCAUGUAGCCCUCGGGCAGAUCGUCUCGCGGGUUCUGCUUAUCUUCGGCUUCGGCUUCGUGUUGCUCACCUUGGCUGUCAUGCCUCGAAGCCGCUUCACGAUGAUCGUAUGGAGCGUAGCGCCCCCUUUAAUGGCUAUUGUCGAGGUUGUGGCCGUGAUCGAGAUAGCGGUGGUCACGCGGUCAGUCGACUGUGUUCCGUACAGGAUGGUCAGAACCAGGAUGGGCACCUCGAGUAGCGACGCCGCAAAAAGAGAUGCGUGCUGCCAUAGGUCGCCCUUGUUCGAAUGCCGUAAGCGAUAGCCGCACUGAUCGUGUCCACUUGGCAGAGGAGAAGAACUGCCACUCCAGGCAACACCACGCCAUGAGUAAUCAUGCCCAUUCCCACAGCUGCACAGACGACAAGAAAAACUCAUUAACGAAUAAUAUGUUAUGCGCGGCUGCCCGCCCACUUACCCAGGUCUGAAAUGUAGUCCACAAUGGUGAGCAGAUAAGUAAUAGACUUAAGCAGUCGACAAAAGUCUAGCGCGUCCAUCGCCUUCAUGCAAGGCACAUACUUCCGGAGCACAGAGAACAGCCGAUUUUGUUCCGCCCACAUAUGCUCCGAUGUCGUCAGCAUGCGUGUGUGAGGGACAUCCAUCAAGCUGAAUUUGGCCGGCAGCCACAAAUUGGUCUUCAGCACCUCCUCACUUGUGAACAAUCGUGGCUCGGCAAUGAGGGCAAAAACGGGCGCGCAGAGUGCCAUUUCAAUACACACGAGAAUCAGCGAUGCCGCGUAGCCAAACGCUGCACACACAUGCGGAAGGAAAGAGGCAGAUGAGGAGAUACGAAGGCAUACCCUCGCUUCCCUGCUCACGUGCGUAGAGCAGGAUGCCAGCCAUCGUCAUGACGCCAUACAUAAUUGCCACGCAUUGGACAGCCAGGUUCUUGUAUGUCCCAUAGGGAAAUAAAACAGGUUGCAAAAAGCUGGCAACAGGGGGUCUCCCACUGCAAACCAACACGCAAACAAUCAGCGAACAAGAGCAGAGAAUGACUGGGAGCUCAACUCAGUGGUUGGAACCCACCAAUGCCACUCGUAGCGUAGAGGCCAGCCCAUUUCAACUCAGGGGCAACGACAAGAGUGCCCACUCCCAACGCAGCCAUCCACAGACCCGCCAAGACUGCACGAAUAACACAACAAACAGCAGAAGCUCUUUCGGCCAACGCUCCCCCUCCUCCCUCCUUGGUUCUUACACAGCGAUAUAUAGUAGAAGCACAUCUUGGCGGGCACGUCAGGAAGAUAGAACCUGACUUGCCGGUCCUUGCCCCGCAACCUCCCGCCGACGUCCAUCACCAGGUACUUGCCAGGGAACUGCGUGGCGUCAUGUCCACACGAAGAGGGGCUGGGAUCUUGGUCGCCGACAGCAAGGCUCACUUGGCUCACUUGGUGUGAUGGCGGCUGUUUGGAAGGGAGCAAACAAUCGCCGCUGCCGUUCCUCUCUGCCGUAGGUGAUGCAGGGGUGGCCAAGUCGAGGACGUCAAUGACAGACCUCGAUGGCAAGGCAGUCCAUCGUGGGCGAAUAGCAUCGAUGUCGUCGGGGGCUUUAGAGGGUGAGUGACGUUGGCAGCAGAGGCGAGGGGCAGCCAUGCUGACGGUCAAUAGGGAGAUCUUCGGCUCAACAGAUCAGCUCCCGCAAAAUCUGUCGAGGGUGGCAGUCCCUCCCCUCCAAGGCUGUCGACGCAAUCCGCAACGAUCUUUUGGCUUCAAGCUCGCCAAAUCCGGUCUGGUCUCUUCGCAGCGCAUUGCAUGUCCUCCUGUUUGCUGCAUCUGCCCUCUGCUUGCAUC